CCAAACCCCCAUGUAUAUAUAUCAUCUUUUUUCCAUUUCUCAUAUGUAAAAAAGUUUUAAUUAUAAUCCCCCACUUUCUCUCUCUACCUUCCACCGCUCUCUCUCUCUCUCUCUCUCUCUCUCUCUAACAUCAUUUACAGGAAGGGAAAAAGAUUGGAUUUUUAGGUCAUGGGGCGGUCCCCUUGCUGUGAAAAAGCACACACAAACAAAGGUGCUUGGACUAAAGAAGAAGACCAGCGUCUCAUCAAUUACAUACGCUCCCAUGGUGAGGGCUGCUGGCGUUCCCUCCCCAAAGCAGCAGGAUUGCUUAGAUGCGGCAAGAGCUGCAGAUUGAGGUGGAUUAAUUACUUGAGACCUGACCUCAAGAGAGGCAAUUUCACUGAUGAAGAAGAUGACAUCAUCAUCAAACUCCAUAGCUUGCUUGGAAAUAAAUGGUCUUUGAUAGCUGGAAGAUUGCCUGGAAGAACAGACAAUGAGAUCAAGAAUUACUGGAACACACAUAUUAAACGUAAGCUUAUUAGCCGUGGUAUUGACCCACACACCCACCGUUCAGUCAACGCCGCCGCCACCGCCGCCGCCGGAACUACUAAUAUCGCCGCCACUACUUGCCUAGACUUCAGACAUUCCGUUACUCCACCAUCGACGAACGAUCCCGACACCAAGAAUAUUCUCUGCACCCCCACAACAGAUAACUCGUCAUCAAUUGAUAACACCAAAUGCAGCAGCAGCACAACGGAGGAGUCCCAACCACCGGCGCCUCUGCCUCCGCCGCCGCCGGCGGCGGCGGCGGAGGGUAGCACCGGCCUUGCACUAGACUUGGAGUUGUCUAUAGGCUUGCCUUCUCAGUCCAAGUACACAAGAAGUGGUUCUUUCAACUUUUCGUGGGCUGAGUCAAAGUCUUUUAACGACUUCUUGAGGCCGGCGGCGGCGGCGAUUGUGGCGGAGGCACCGCCCACGGCGGUGAAAUUGGUGGCGCGUGCCAUGUGCUUGUGCCGGCAGAUGGGUCUUCAGAAGGGCCAGUUAUGUAGCAAUUGUCAAUCUUAUAAUGGUGUAUACAGAUAUUGCUGAUUAUGACUUUUAUUUGUAAAAAAAUCUUAGAUUUAGAUAUUACCUUUCUUUUCAUUUUCUUUGUUCUCUCUGAUUUGGAGUUGAAUCAAAAUGUAAUCACUCAAAAUUAUGAAUAUGAUGUGAUUAGUUGUUUUGGCUAAUCACAUGCUUAUGCUUUUAAUUAUUA